CUCAGGAGGAGAGAUGCGAUGACAUGCGCUGUGAUUUCAGGACACCUGUUUGGACACCAUGGCUGGACAGGAAGGCAACACAUAUCUGCGUUUCUUAACAGCAAGAUGGACAUGAUUUCAAGUGGAAACAUCUGACACCAUGGAAAUGAUGUUGAGAAUGAAUUUCAUCUCUAUUUUUUUUCUUCCAAUCUUACUGUUUUAUACCCAUCCCAUCCCAGCUGCUAACUUACAGCGGUCAUUGGUACCCAGGGUAGCAGCCCGCUCUGUGGCGAGGAUGGAUGGUGAUAUCAUCAUCGGGGCUCUGUUCUCUGUCCAUCAUCAACCGGCGGCCGAGAGGGUCGCUGAGAGGAAGUGUGGUGAGAUCAGGGAACAGUAUGGAAUCCAAAGGGUGGAAGCGAUGUUCCACACGCUGGAUAGAAUAAACGCAGAUCCAUACCUUCUACCAAACAUAACUCUGGGUUGUGAAAUCAGGGACUCUUGUUGGCACUCAUCAGUAGCUUUGGAACAAAGUAUUGAGUUCAUAAGAGACUCUCUCAUCUCCAUCCGUGAUGACAAAGAUGGAUCAAAAUGGUGCGUUGAGGGAAAUACUCCUACUCAGCCACCAGCCACCAAAAAACCCAUUGCGGGUGUCAUUGGACCCGGGUCCAGCUCAGUGGCCAUUCAAGUUCAGAACCUAUUGCAGCUUUUCAACAUCCCCCAGAUUGCUUACUCGGCUACAAGCAUUGAUUUGAGUGAUAAAACUCUCUAUAAGUACUUCCUUAGGGUUGUCCCAUCUGAUACGCUUCAAGCCAGAGCUCUCUUGGACAUCGUUAAACGCUACAACUGGACGUAUGUGUCCGCAGUUCAUACUGAGGGGAACUAUGGAGAAAGUGGGAUGGAGGCCUUUAAGGAGCUAGCAUCUCAGGAGGGUCUGUGUAUCGCCCACUCUGACAAGAUCUACAGCAACGCUGGGGAGAAACACUUUGACCGGCUGCUCCGGAAACUCAGAGAGCGUCUACCCAAAGCUCGUGUGGUGGUCUGCUUCUGCGAGGGAAUGACUGUCCGCGGUCUCCUCAUGGCCAUGAGACGCCUCGGUGUAGCUGGAGAAUUCCUUCUUAUUGGCAGUGACGGAUGGGCAGACCGAGAUGAGGUCGUGGAGGGUUACGAGCAGGAAGCAGUGGGCGGAGUCACGAUGAAGUUACAGAGCGCGGAGGUCACGUCUUUUGAUGAAUACUAUCUGAAGUUGCGCCUUAACACCAACACUAGAAAUCCCUGGUUUGCGGAAUUCUGGCAGUACCGUUUUCAGUGUCGACUCCCAGGACACCCGCAAGAAAACACAAAUUAUAAGAAGAACUGUUCAGGUUAUGAAAGCUUGGAGGACAACUAUGUCCAGGACAGCAAGAUGGGUUUUGUCAUCAAUGCUAUAUAUGCCAUGGCUCACGGCCUGCAUGACAUGCAUCAGCACCUGUGCCCGGGUCACAUUGGACUGUGUGAGGCAAUGGACCCCAUCGACGGCAGCAAACUCCUGGACUUCCUCCUCAAGACCUCCUUUACUGGAGUGUCUGGAGAGGAUGUUUGGUUCGAUGAAAAUGGGGACUUACCAGGCAGGUAUGACAUUAUGAACCUGCAGUAUGUCGAGCCUGGAGUCUAUGACUAUAUAAACGUGGGCUCUUGGCAUGAAGGUAUUCUUAGUAUUGAUGAUUAUAUGAUCCAGAUGAACCGUAGCGAGAUGGUACAUUCAGUCUGCAGUGAGCCCUGCUCUAAAGGAGAGAUUAAAGUGAUCAGGAAAGGAGAGGUGAGCUGCUGUUGGAUUUGUACGGCUUGUAAAGACAAUGAAUAUGUCCAGGAUGAGUUCACCUGCAAAGCCUGUGAGCUGGGAUGGUGGCCAGAUGAAGAACUGCAAGUUUGUGAGCCCCUUCCAUUGCGUUACCUGGAGUGGAGCCAUCCAGAAUCCAUCGUGGCUGUCGUCUUUUCCUGUCUCGGCAUCAUGGUGACCAGUUUUGUCACAUUCAUCUUCAUAUUGUACCGAGACACACCUGUUGUCAAGUCAUCCAGCCGUGAACUCUGCUAUAUCAUUCUCACAGGAAUCUUCCUGGGCUACAUUUGCCCCUUCACUCUCAUUGCCCGCCCCACUGUAGCCUCGUGUUACCUACAGCGCUUCCUGGUGGGCCUCUCGGCCUCCAUGUGCUACUCCGCUCUUAUCACCAAGACCAACCGCAUCGCUCGCAUUCUGGCCGGCAGCAAGAAGAAGAUCUGUACGCGCAAGCCGCGAUUCAUGAGCGCCUGGGCACAAGUGGUGAUUGCUUUCAUCCUCAUCAGCGUGCAACUAACGUUGGAAGUCACGUUGAUCAUUUUGGAGCCUCCAGAACCAAUCAAGUCCUAUCCCAGUAUCCGAGAAGUUUAUCUGAUUUGCAAUACCAGCAAUUUGGGCAUGGUGGCACCACUGGGCUACAACGGCCUACUCAUCCUAAGCUGCACCUAUUAUGCCUUUAAAACACGCAACGUCCCUGCCAACUUUAACGAAGCCAAGUACAUCGCCUUCACUAUGUACACAACGUGCAUUAUCUGGUUGGCUUUUGUGCCGAUUUACUUUGGAUCCAACUAUAAGAUCAUCACCACUUCCUUCUCUGUGAGUCUUAGCGUAACGGUGGCCCUCGGCUGCAUGUUUACACCGAAAAUGUACAUCAUCAUCGCUAAGCCUGAGAGAAAUGUACGCAGCGCGUUCACCACUUCCGACGUGGUGCGUAUGCAUGUAGGGGAUGGCAAAAUUGCUUGCAGGAGCAACAGUUUGCUCAACAUGUUUAAACGCAAGAAGAACGCACCUGGAAAUGCAAAUUCUAAUGGCAAGUCUGUGUCAUGGUCUGAACCAGGUUCAAGACAGCCUCCGAAAGGAGACCACAUGUGGCACAGACUGUCUGUACAUGUGAAGAGGCAGGAAGCCGGCUCCAAUCAGAUGGCUAUCAUCAAACCCUUAACUAACACCUUCAAUAACCCAGGCAUGGAGUUUUCCGAUCUAAGCACCAAGACUCUGUACAAUGUGGCUGAGGAGGACGAGGGCGAACCGAUUAGAUACAACCCCUCGGGCAGCCCUCCUCUGAUGACACUCAGGCAGUCGCCUGUAAGCAAGCCUAUGAUGGAGGUGGGCACAGAUCUGAAAUGUUACACCCCUGAACAACAUUUGCCACAGAACAAUGUUCUCCCCCAACAUGUUUUUGCAGACCACCCCCAGAAAGGGGUGGGCAAAUUCCACUCAAACAUGCCUGAUUUGGAUGAGAUUAUAAGCAUGCCCGAACUGGGCGAUAUAUUGCAUCCUCAGCCCAUUCUGCCCAUGCAACUGAGCUCUUACACGGAAGAGCCUGUCUCUCCUCUGGAAGAGAUUGAAAAUGAGCAGUUUGGACUUCUCCACGGCUACAUGUAUGACAAUGCACAUAUCCACGAUAUGGAUGAGUUGGUACAGAUUAAAAUGGCAAUAGAGGACUCUAUGGCACUUACGCCACCUUCCCCGUUCCGAGAUUCCCUUGGCUCGGGUAGCCCAAUUCCUAAUUCCCCCGUUUCCGAAUCCAACUUAUGCACACCUCCGAGCGUGACGCACGCGUCCGUCAUUCUCAGAGACUUUAAGCAAAGCUCCUCAACUCUUUGAAAUAUGUAUAAGGACGUCAUUAUAGGUGAUCAUGUCACAAGCUCUUAGUUUAUUUCUACUUUGUGAAAAUAACAGCAACUAGUUCAUGCAACAACGCAACUUAAUCGUCCUGGGAAUUUGCCUGUUAUCAGCGUAUUUAAAGAGACUUUCUGGAAGUGAAUGUAUUUUGACUAUUGUCUACAAUUAACACACGACAAGUAGACGAGCCUGAUCUCAUGAAAAUGAUGUGGCUGUGGCGACAUUUUUGCUAAAUUAUAUUACGUGGGUCCAUGCACGUAUCGCGGCAUCGCAGGUAAAAUGUCCACUGCAUGGCGCAAAAAGCAAGUUAAAUUUUAUCCCAAACAGAUAAGGUUUCAACCUUCAACCUAAACCUAACCGACAGUGUCAUAAAAAGCAAAUGUGAGAUUAAAAACGCAACUGCUGAAGCAACCACAUCAUUUAGUGGUGCUUCUAUACAGAGUGUUGAUGUGAGAAACAGGGCAAAAAGUAAGUGUUAAUGAACUGAUAAUCUGCCCUUUACUAGUGAUUUGUGUAAAAGUGAAUAAAAGUAAUUGUUGUUGUAGCGCCUCUAGUGUUCAUUACAGCAGGAAACUGCUGCAAUACGUACAAUGAGCCACGAAAAAAAUCAGUUAGCAAAAAUGUAUUUAUAGUGACGUGAUUUAAUGAAAUCAAGUCUUUUGCUUUUUAUGAGUGUGAUCCAGAUGUGUGCAUGCAUGUUUUGACCCCACUGUUCAACCGACAUUGGCAGGUGUGGGAAAAGGUGAAUUUUGGACCCUGAUGUCGAGCCUUUAACAAACAUUUUUUAGAAGGGGGCUUAUGAAUGUGAUGAACUGAAUUAAAGGGGCUUCAAACAUGAAAAUGCUCUAUGAUUUAUGUCACUGUCACUUGUUUAUUUUGGCAGCAUUUGACAUGAAACCAACAUCAGUCAUGCUGUAGAAUAUGAGCUAUUUCUGUCGUAUUCUUUUCCAUUGUAGAUCAAAUCAUCUAAAGGAUUUUAUCAGUAUACCAUUAGCAGUGAAUGAAGGUUUAGGACGUACCCAAAUAAACUAAGUUUAAACUAAGUGCAGCAACUCCAUCAGUUCCAAUUAAAUAUAAAAAGAAAGUGUUUUAAAUAAUCAGUCAACAUGACUUUUAUAAAUGACAUUUUUAAAAAUAACUGCAACAUAUUUUUUUUCAGUGUUAGGUAUAUGGUCAGCUAAUUAAUGUAGAAAAAACAUUUGAUCAAAGGAACAAUCAUUUACAAAUGCAUUAAACUAAGUGCAGAUAUCACAGUGUAGCAAAAAAUGGAUAGUGUUUAAGUGCCAAUGUCAAUACUAUGACACCUUCAGUUAAACCUUUCCAUGUCUUUUUUUGCAUUGUGUGCGCAUUUGCUUCUGUGCGUGACGUGUGC